ACCGAGCUUCCUAGUCUCCGCAGGAGGAGACCAGAAAGCUCUGGCAUCCAGGGAGGAUGUUCUCCCAGGAACUGUGGCUGGAAAAUGAGAAAAAGUGUGCUGUGGUUCGGAAGUCUAAACCAAGCAGGAAGCGCCAGGAGCUUCUGGCUGUGGCAUUAGGGGUGAAGGUCCACACGUUCCGAGGCCCACACUGGUGUGAAUACUGUGCCAAUUUCAUGUGGGGACUCAUUGCCCAAGGAGUCCAGUGCUCAGACUGUGGAUUAAAUGUACACAAGCAGUGUUCCAAGCAUGUUCCCAAUGACUGCCAACCAGAUCUUAAGAGGAUCAAGAAAGUGUAUUGCUGUGACCUGACAACACUCGUGAAGGCUCACAACACUCAGAGGCCCAUGGUGGUAGAUAUAUGCAUUCGGGAAAUUGAAGCAAGAGGAUUAAAGUCAGAAGGCCUUUACAGAGUCUCUGGGUUCACUGAACACAUCGAAGAUGUCAAAAUGGCAUUUGACAGAGAUGGUGAAAAGGCAGAUAUAUCUGCCAACAUCUAUCCAGACAUAAACAUCAUUACUGGAGCCCUUAAACUGUAUUUUCGAGACUUACCCAUUCCUGUCAUCACAUAUGAUACCUAUUCCAAAUUCAUAGAAGCAGCAAAAAUCCCCAAUUCAGAUGAGAGGUUGGAAGCGGUACAUGAAGUGUUGAUGCUACUGCCUCCUGCACACUAUGAGACUCUACGAUACCUAAUGAUUCACCUCAAAAAGGUGACUAUGAAUGAAAAGGACAAUUUAAUGAAUGCAGAAAACCUGGGCAUCGUAUUUGGGCCUACCCUGAUGAGGCCCCCAGAGGAUAGCACCCUGACCACUCUUCAUGACAUGCGGUACCAAAAGCUGAUUGUGCAGAUUUUAAUAGAAAACGAAGAUGUUUUGUUUUAAUUAUCCAUCGGGGAAAUGAGCUGAAUGGCCCCAGCCCUGUCUAAGUUGAUAAGGCUAAGGGAAUAAAAACAUCUCUUACGUUUGAUUUGUUUUUCAAACAAGUGACAGAAUUUCUUGGACCGCAGUGGAUUGCCAAGUCGGGUACCGUGUCUCAUAGACACAUGCCUCCUCCACGUGAGGACAAGGGUGAGGGCAAGGAAAGCCCCCCACCUUGGGUCUUUUGCUGUGCCUCCUAUGUAUGUCUGUUUUACUGGAAGAGUGACUAAUAAAUCUUUCUUUAACUUAUUUUAAAAAAAUGUAAAUCUUUAAAAUUCAGUCUUAUUAGUAAUAAAAGGGAACUUAAUUCAUAGAGGUACUUGAUACAGUUAUACAUUUUCCACUUACAAAAAGAAGACAAUUCUAUGUUAAAUGUUAAAUGAAACCUAUAUUGUAAAAUGUAUUUUUAUUUUCGCUGCAAGAAUAUUAUUUUAUUUUAGCAAAUAGAACUCAAUGCAGUGCAUUGAUUAUUACCCUGUGUACCUUGUCCUGCACUCUUGCUGUGAUGCCCUG